AAUUAGCUGCGCUCCGCUGAUUGGUCGAGUGUCUUGGAAUUCGCUGGUGGGAACCUGUGUGUUAUGGAAUGUUCACACGAGUCGGCAAGGCAUGCGUAAAUGAACCGUUCAAUAGCGACGUGCGGCCAAGAAGUUAGUCAAAGUGCUGUGUGAAGGCAUUCGAUGCGCAAAUCCCAUCACAUGUAACUUGAAAUAUUCCUGUCACUGCACUGAAGAUAUUCAGUCAUACAAUCGCCGUACGUCCCGGCACACGCCACACGCUCCGCUCUCUGGAUUUAUAUUAUUCCUCGGAUUUUUUUCUACUGCUCCAUUCUCGUUUUGCUUGAAGAUGCCGAUAGAUACCAGCAACAAGCCAAAGAUGCACGAAGGCCGAAAGUCUUCCAAGCCAUUGAUGGAGAAGAGGCGUCGGGCCCGCAUCAAUGACAGCCUCGGCCAGCUCAAGACGCUCAUCUUGGAAGCCACCAAUAAAGAUAGUUCCCGCCAUUCUAAGUUGGAGAAAGCUGAUAUCUUGGAGAUGACUGUCAAGUACCUUCGCAACAUGCAAAGACAACAGAUGUCGGCUGCCAUGAAUGGUGAUCCUAACCUGCUGAACCGCUAUCGCCUCGGCUACAGCGAAUGCAUCAGUGAGGUCUCUCGGUUUCUGACUGGGUCCUCCGAAUCCAAUGUGGAGGUACAGACCAACCUCAUCGGUCAUCUAGCCAACUGCUGCAGCCCGCAGCAACAGGGUGCAGCUGGCCAGCAGAAGCAGCAGCAACAACAGCAACAACAGCAGCAGCAAGUACAGGCAUCGCAGCAGCAGCAACAACAGCAAGUGACCUAUGCCCCCGCAGCUACCAUCUCCCAAGCGGCCACCGUCCCGACUUCCAUCCCAACAUCGGUCGUGCAGUCCCUUCAACAGCAACAACAGCAGCAGGCCCAGUUGCAACACCAGCAGCAACAACACCAGCAGCUUCAAGUAACUGUGCCUUGCUCGACUGCCCCCCAGUCUCUCCCUCAAGCCGUCGCAGUGAAUAUCCCGAGUCAGAUCCAUCCCGCGGGUCUCAAGACGGACACUAACAACAUUGCCCGUGUCAUCUCCGGCAUCCCAAUCGGUGUGCCGGGCACACUACCUUCGGGUGAGAUCACGGUGGUCCUGCCCUCUCAGGCUCUCCCAGGUGGGCAGCUUCCUAGCCACUUCAUCCCCGUCUAUGCCCAGAGCACACCUCUACUGUCACCGCCAGCCUCCUCACACAGCGGCAGCACCACCCCAUCACCCAUGUCUAGCCCCACUUCCUCCAUCAAUUCUCCGACCCACCUAGCAAACGCUCAGGUCUACCAGCCCACCAUCACCAGGGAGUCAUCCCCCCAGACGUGCUUCGUCCCGUCCCACACGAACUCCCACAUGAACUCAGCGGUCUUGUCCCCUGCCCCUUCCCCUGUCACACAUGGGGAUUCCAGGGGGUCAGCUUGCAGUCCAGUGGCAGGGAAUGUAGCCCCCGUCAUGGUCCAUGCCGCCCCAACAUUUGUCACCCUUCCGGCACCCUGUACCGUCUACCAGACCUCUCAACUACAAGUUGCUGAGAAUGCCCACAUCCAAGCCGUCAACCAAAGUCCACGCAGUACCGUCUUGCGACCCAUCAACGCAAACAUCCCACACCAAACCGAACACGAUUCCAUGUGGAGGCCUUGGUAAUAAAUGCCUCAACCAAAGACUGAACUCAAAAAUACUUAAAAACAAAUCGCAUGUAUAACUGUGUGCAUGGGAUGUGUGUCGUGAAGCUUGUUUUUGCAUAUUUUACCCGCCUUUUCCAUUUUCUAAUUAAGCUUGGCUAAGAAAAGAAAGAUGCAGCAUUCCUGACAAAGACACUUAAUGUAUUCCAUUUUUUUGUACUCCCGUGUAGCAUUCCAGUUCUUAAACAUCAGGUUUAAUCUCAUGCAAAUUUGUUAGCAAGUACAUUUUGUAUUCACAAGUAAAGCAUUCCUUCUGGGACUCUGUAUUGAGUAACUAAAUCGAAAGUUGAUCAUUCAUUUUCUCACGGGCCGUAACUUUGAACGGCAGUUUAGUCACCUGCCAAGGUGAUAUUUACUAUGCAAAAGCCUGGCACUGCUUCAAGUGACGUGAAAGUUGUCAUUGUUUGGUUUUCUUGAGUUGUACAUACAUGUAGUAAUUUAUUGAUACCUUCGAGAAAGCCAAUCGUGUGGAGAAAAAGCUAUGCAAAUGAAAACCUGUUUUCAUAUUUUGUAUAUACUCUAGAGUUUUUAUAUAAAGUUUUGUGCUUCCAGAAAAUUCUGAAAAAAAAAUCAAGACGAUAUGAAUGUUAUUCAAGAUUCUUGUGAAGAUAUUUUUGAUGAUGCUUGAUUUUGUUAGUCACCAUGGUUACCAAAGUAUUCAAUUCUCUUUUUGGUGUUCACCAAAUGUGCCGAGAUGAGUCUUAUUUGAUUUUUUUGUACGAUUUCUAAGAUAUAUUUUCAUAUUGUUGUGACUGGAGAAAAAUGAAUAAAAAUAUACAAGCGAGUGAAACAUAGAA